AUGAUGAUAACGUUUGCACGCGGGGCUCAAGCCUUGAUUAUACCUGAAUUUCCGCGAAUUUCAACCUUAAUGAAUUUCGACGGCGAGCUUUUAUUCGAUGAAGUUCUCCUUUUUGUGGAAGACCUAAAAAAUCACUAUAAACGUGACUUUGAUAUAAUCUAUCUUCCACAAGAAAGCCCCGUUAAAAGUCGCUGCCCUGCUACAGGUUAUAAUAAAGAGAUUACGCAGAGUACCUAUAUUCACAACUAUGUUCGACGCAAGAUUGCUUUAGAUCUUUAA